AUGGCGCUUUUCGAGAAAGACUGUUCCAAUGUACCUCCUCCAACAUCACUAUCGUUUUUGACGACGGUUAUUUCAAUUUUCUUGUUUUUCUUUACAGUGCCGCCGAACUUUCUGAUCUGCUGGGCAGUUUGUAAAGAGAGACGAAAACUGCUACGAAAUGCGUUCAACUGCUUGGUUUUCAAUUUGGCAUUUGCUGACCUCAUUGUCGGACUCAUCGUGCUGACAAUUUCUGCGUAUGUUCACCUGCUCGAGGCAUUAACAACUCAUCCCAAUUUACCCGUUCUUCCCGUAGUUCACGUGGCGUAUUUCGUCUGCUGCACGGCGUCAACUCUUUGCCUCACAGCAAUGGCUGUCGAUCGUUACAUUGCCGUUGCGCAUCCAGUCGUUCAGAGAAACAAAAUAACCCCGAAACGAGCUGUGUUUGUUUCGACCUGCAUUUGGUUUUUCUCCAUUUUGUUACCUGUGUCGGUGUAUUUUGAAGUUGGUUUCAUCAAAUACGCUUUUGUUUUCGCCAACACGAUCAUCGCUGCCACCGUGGUAAUCCUGUUCUUUUCUUACGUCACAAUUUACCGCAGACUUCGCGCACAGUUUCAGAUGUCGUCGCAGCUUCAAUCUGGAAUGAAUUCUGACACCGCAAACAGAAAGGCUCUCGAGCAUGAAAGGCGCAUAGCGAAGACAUUCGUGCUGGUACUCGUUGCUUUCUUCAUCUGUUACACCCCUUCUUGUGUAAUUAUUUACAUUUUAAACUUCUGCCGAAGUUGUAGCUGCGUUACAAUUCACUGGUUUCGAGACCUUCAGUACAUUUCCAUCUGGGUUAACUCAAGUCUCAAUCCUUUUCUUUAUUCCUGGCGAAUUCCAAGCUUGAAAGAAGCUAUUUUAGCCAGAAUUCCUUUUAAAAGGGGAAGAAUAGGAAAUCAGGCGGCU